AUGAAGUUGCUACUGAUCUGCUUGGGAGCAACCGCCGUACUUGGAUGCCAAUUCAAAGGCAAGACAUACAAGAAUGACGAGGAGUGGACGGAAAACGAAGCCUUCAAAAUGAAAUGCAAAAUCGAGCCAAACGGAGCAUGGCGAACUGAGGUGUCCGGUUGCCUGACGCCGGAUAAAGUUGUGGUACCAGUAAAUGGUGAAAAAGAUGUCGGCGAUCAUACCUGGGAAUGCAAAAUGAGCAAUGGAGGGCAGAUCGUUCUUCAGCAAAAGAUGAACAAGCACGCCUCCUGCAAUGGCCAUCCGUAUGAUUCUGAAUGGAAAGAGAAGUCUUUCCAAUUCAAGUGUGGAGAGCACGGAGUGCCCGACUUCGUCGGAUGCAUUACUUCGUCAGGAGCUCUUAUUCGUGAUGGCGAAGUGAAGUCUGUAGAUGGCUUUGAAAUGGAAUGCAAGAAACACGAGAACGGCACGAUAACCAUGGCGGCUAUCGACAAAGCAGUUGAUGCUAGCUGUAAGGAUGGGGAGGGCAGAGAAAGGAAGCAAGGUGAGCGAUGGGUCGAGAACAAAUACUUCGAAAAAGUGUGCAAGCCACGGGGGCGAGUCGAGAUCACAGGAUGCAAGGUUGACGGCGUUGACCAAUUGAUUCCUCUCAAUGGUCAGGUGGACCACAAGAAUCUCGAGUAUCACUGUGAAGGCAAGAACGGCUCUUACAAAUUCUACAGCAAGGUGAAAGGACAGUAG